AUGCCGCUUCCUGGGCAACUGGCGGAUGAAACGGAUUUCCAGGUGCCAAGGCGCCCAGCUCCUGUGAUAACAUCCUUGUCCGAGGUGGAUGUGAAGUUGGACCGGUUGGCAGAGAAGCUAGACAUAUGCAUUGAGGAGCUGUCAAGCCUGAAGCUCGCAAAUAGCAGAGGUCGUGAUGUGGACGGGUUCUUGAAAAAACCGGAGACCGGCAAUGCAGGGAUGGCGCAGCUAACGCCCAGGAGUCAGGUCAGCUCAGUUCGAGCAGCUGCUGAUGAGAUGCGUUUGCCACUUUCCGCGAGCAUGCCCAUGCCGCGGUUCAUGAGCACAGAUGAGUCUGACGUGGAGUCUUUUGCACAGGCUCCAGCUGACAAGGCAGCCGACAAGACAGUCACAUGGGCGACACCUUCGAGGCCGAACAGGGCUACAGCCCAUGUCCGCGAUCUGCAGACAGCGUGGCAGCUACAGGCGAAAUCCCUGUCUGGUGGUGAAGGGAACGACCUGCAGAACGACCUGCAGCCCAUCAUGCGAUUAGUCUAUCGAAGCAGAGCAGAGCACGUGUGGGAAUUUCUGGACGAUCCCCAGUCCAGUAGGUUUGCUUGGUGGACAUGGUCGCUUCUGCGCGUCCUAGUCUUGCUGUCUGCGUGCACUCCCUACCUGCAGCAGAGGCAGCCAGUGCUGGCUUUGGUGAUGGACAUGUCUUUUGAUGUCAUCUUCUUGGUCGAGUUUGUCAGUCGUUUGACAACCACCCCGUCUAAGCGAACCUAUCUCAAAGAUCCCCUGAAUUGGGCAGACAUGGUGUCUGCUCUGGGGCUUCCCCUCCGGGCAUUCACAGGCUUGGUCCCUCUCGCAUAUCCUCCUACUACAGAGCUUGAAACCGUUCUGGUAUUCUUCUUGCCCCUGGUUCGCUUGCUGAAGCUGCUCCGAUACUUUGAAUCAUGUAAGCUACUGAUGGAUGCAUGCGUCAAUUCCAUGGAGGCUGUGCCGUUCUUGGCAUACAUGGUGGCAGUCAUGACUAUGACAUCGGCUACGGUUAUUUAUUUGGUGGAACCACGGAGCAAUAUACCAAGCCUGCCACAUUCUCUUUGGCUUGCCAUUGUGACCAUGACGACGGUCGGCUACGGCGACUACUACCCUGAGACCUUUGCAGGCUGCAUCGUGGUGGCCAUGCUAACUUGUAUCAGCGUACUUUUCCUGGCUUUGCCGGUUGGAAUCAUUGGCAACGAGUUCUGGAACGUUUGGGAGAGCCGAAACGAAGUGUUGCUGGUGAACCGUAUGCGUCGCUCUCUGAAGAAAUGGGGCUACGCCGCAAACGACGUGAAAGUUCUCUUUGAAUAUGUGGAUCAGGAUGCGGAUGGUUGCCUGGAUAUGACGGACUUUCUGGAGCUCGUGCGGCAAAUGCGGAUUGGAAUAAGUACAGAAAAUGCGUUUAAGAUCUUCACGAUCUUCGAUGAUGACAAGAGUGGAACGCUUGACUGCGCAGAGUUCUUGCGACACAUUUUUCCUGAGCAGUACGUCGAAAAGCAGCAACAGCACUCCCACUCCGUGCGCAAGUCCCAAGCACACGUGAGCCUGGCACUCCACCACCUGGAGACCAUUCAGGCAGAAAAGUCUUGA